AUGGCUGGUAUCAAGACGCUGGCCGCGACGCUGCUGCUGGGCAGCGCGUCAACGGCAUGGGCGCAGAGCACGUGCGACACUAAGGGCAUACCCGACGGCAAGGUCCUGGUGGGCUACUGGGAGAACUGGGACGGGUCGAGCAACGGCGUGCACCCCGGGUUCGGGUGGGCGUCGAUCGACGACCCCGUAUUCCUCUCGCACGGGUACAACGUCCUCGCGGCGGCGUUCCCCGUCAUCGAACCGGACGGCACGGCGCUGUGGGAGGACGGCAUGGACACGGGGGUCAAGGUGUCGACCCCGGAGGAGAUGUGCAACGCCAAGGCGGCGGGCACGACGGUCCUCCUGUCGAUCGGCGGGGCGACGGCGGCGGUGGACCUGACGUCGCGCGACGUGGCCGACAGGUUCGUGUCGACGGUGGUGCCGAUCCUCCGGGAGUACAACUUUGACGGCAUCGACAUCGACAUCGAGAGCGGACUGUCGGGCGACGGCGACAUGGCGACGCUGUCCACGUCCCAGGAGAACCUGGUCUACAUCAUUGACGGCAUCCUCGACCAGAUGCCCGACAACUUCGGCCUCACCAUGGCCCCCGAGACGGCCUACGUCACCGGUGGCUCCGUCACCUACGCCAGCAUCUGGGGCGCCUACCUCCCCAUCAUCAAGAAGUACGUCGACAACGGCCGCCUGUGGUGGCUCAACAUGCAGUACUACAACGGCGAGAUGUACGGCUGCGACGGCACGUCCUACGCCGCCGGAACCGUCGACGGCUUCAUCGCCCAAACCGACUGCCUCGACAGCGGCCUCGACGUCCAGGGCACCACCAUCACCGUCCCCUACGGCAUGCAGGUCCCCGGCCUGCCGGCCCAGGACGGUGCCGGCUCCGGCUACAUGGCCCCUGACCUCGUGUCGCAGGCCUGGGACAGCUACGACGGCGAGCUCAAGGGCAUCAUGACCUGGUCUGCCAACUGGGAUGGUUCCAAGGACUGGACCUUCGGCGACAACCUCAAGGACGAUCUCGGUACUGCCUAG